AUGUCCACAAGUAAUGAUAAACAGCCUGCCACAAAAAUGCCAGCUGUCAAUGCGGUUGCUGUUACUCCUGCCGAGGGGAAUGUCAAACGUGAGCCCAGCUCACCAAUAGUGAAUGGAACAACUAAAUUAUCUUCGCUGACACCGGCCAGGGACUUGACACUCGGCGGCCGGGGAAGUGCCACAGCAGCCAAGAAAGUAUUUCUGCCAAAUCUCAAUGUGGUUAGAAAUAAAAAUACCAAUGUUAAAACCUCUAAAGAUACCACACAGAUGCGUGGACGUGGCCGGGGGCGUGGUGCAGAAAGAGGUGCUGGCAGAGGAGGAAGUCGUGGCGGACGAGGUGGAGCCUCAAAUUUAAUACAGACUGCUGGUGUCUUCUCAGAAGGUGCUGGUGCCGUAAAUAUACGCAAAACAAUUAGCUCAUCUGGCUACUCCAGAGAUGUGGAUGACUCACCAUCGGCUAUGCGUAAACCCACCAUAUUUAAGAGCGAAAAGAAAAUGGACCUAAAGGCUGAAUUAGCCAGAGAUAAAGAUAUCCUGAGAGGCCUAGACGAUGAUGAGGAAGAAGAUGAUGAACAAAAGACUGAUUUGGAUAGAAUUCCUGUACUGUUGAAUGAAGCCAAAUGGAAGUACAUAAAACCAGAAAUCAAAACUGAAGUCCCUGACACCCAAACACCCCUAGCAAGUGAAGACGCUGUGGCCAUAGCUUCACAAAUCCAAUCAAUGCACGUUGCUCAGCAACAAAAUCGCCCAUUGCCUCGUUAUCCUCAGUCAUUAGAGGAGCUAUUGAAUAAUUCAACAGAUUCGAAAAUAUUCCUAAUGCAGCUGCCGGACACAUUACCAUGUGUGGAUGAUGACAAUGAUUCGCCAGAGACCUCAAAAUCGAAUAGUGAAGAUGCCAAAACUGCUGCACCCGCCGUUGAGAAUCAGAAAAAAACCAUCAAGGAACAUAUUCUCAAGAAAAUGGAAGAGGGACAAGUGGGGCGUUUGAUACGCUAUAAAUCCGGCAAAACAAAAUUAGUUUUAGGAGAAACACAAUUUGACUUGGACAUUGGCAUGGAAACUGGUUUUCUACAGGAUUUAAUGUCAAUUAGCUGUAAUCGUGAGGAGCGUAGCGGUAAUAUGAUUAAUUUAGGACCCAUACAAGCCAAAAUCACAGCCACCCCCGAUUGGGAAGAUUUACUAAAACAGCCUCUGUCCGAAGGUAAACUGUAGCACAUGCUUCCUGUAUGUU